CUGCACUUUUGACUAGGAACCCCCUAGCGCGAACCUGCCAACGCCCGGCGUAGAGACACAGAGAGGAUACGAUCUUGAAUGAGUAGAGAGGAUUCUAAAGCACAGCUAUGCAGACCAUCAAGUGUGUUGUGGUGGGUGACGGAGCUGUGGGUAAAACCUGUCUGCUCAUCUCCUACACCACAAACAAGUUCCCCUCUGAAUAUGUUCCAACGGUAUUUGACAACUAUGCUGUAACUGUAAUGAUAGGAGGGGAGCCCUACACCCUGGGCUUGUUUGACACUGCAGGUCAGGAGGACUACGACAGGUUAAGGCCUCUGAGUUAUCCCCAGACAGACGUCUUCCUCGUCUGUUUCUCCGUUGUAUCCCCCUCCUCCUUCGAAAACGUCAAAGAAAAGUGGGUACCAGAGAUCACCCACCACUGUCCAAAGACCCCGUUCCUGUUGGUGGGGACUCAGAUAGAUCUGCGAGAUGACCCGUCCACCAUAGAGAAGCUGGCCAAGAACAAGCAGAAGCCCAUCACUCUUGAGACAGCAGAGAAACUGGCCAAAGACCUCAAGGCCGUCAAAUAUGUGGAGUGCUCAGCCCUCACGCAGAAAGGCCUAAAGAAUGUGUUUGAUGAGGCGAUACUGGCUGCGUUGGAGCCACCCGAGCCCAAGAAGAAACGCAAAUGUGUACUGCUAUGAAUGACCCCACCCCUCUCACACACACACGUACACACACACUCCCCCUUCACACAAACCCUCCCCCCAUCCCCUCCUCCCUUGCUCUGCUAAGGCUGAUUGACAGCCAUGUACUCUGAAGUGAAGUAUAGAAACAAACAAAACAAGUUUCAGAUUAGACUGCAAUAAGGAGCAAUGAGUUGAUCCAUCUCUGUGUUUAACCAGCGGACCGACGGGAUGAGAGGCACAGAAAUGAACCUAACCCAGCUUGUAACCGUGACUACUGUGGCCACACUCCCUUUCCAGUUAGAACAGUCAGUCAGAGCCUUUAGGUGAGUGACCCGAGAGAGACAGCCCAGUCCUGUGGAGUCGGUGCAUCUCAGUAGGCUAAAGUGGAUUUCUCUCAUCUGUUUCCCUUUUACACUGGUUUCUAAGUAAAUAGUUAGAGAAAGCAAUAUGAUGGAGGCCUACUGGGCAUUGGCUUUCAACAGCAGUGAAGAUGAAAGGGAAGGAGACAAGGAGAGGCAGUAACUAUAGACUAUUGAGAUUCAGCCCUGCACUCAAGGAGAAGGCCAAAACCAUGCCCCUUUUUACCCUCCAAGGGGUUUGAACCAUUCAGGUGGUUAAAUAAUACAGGCUCUUAUACAGGUGACAUAGGCUGUUGUAGGGUUGACGUAAGCUGUCAAGGUGUCAUAACCUCUCUUUGGUGAUAGGACACAGGCUGAUUUAAAAUAUGACUUUUAUACUGUAUUUGACAGCUUUCCCUGUCAGUGGUGUUGAUUGGCUCUUAGCCACGUAGCUCCUGUGCAGUUCUGAUAGACCUAUGCUCCGCCACCAAAUUAAAUGGCUGCCUGAGUGACAGCUUGAUGCACUGCUGCAUUAAGCUCCACCCAUCUCGAUGAGCACAUCAAACGCCAAUCCCGCUGCUCCACCUCCAACACCACCUGAAGAAACAAUGACAGAGUAGCCAUUUUGAUUUUUUCUUUGCCAACGUCUCCCUUCCAAGUGACAGAACAGAAGUCUGACAUUUUUAUGAUCAAUCCCAAAUCAACCCCUAGCCCCUACCACUUGGGCACUUCUGUAAAUCUAAAUCAAGUAGAUGGGGAAACAUUUUAUUACCAUAUUGCUUAUACCGAUCCAAUCCUUUCAGAACUGUACUGUAGGGGAAGGGGUUAGGAGUAGAUUAGGGACUGGCAUUACUGAAGAACUAAAGGCAUCCUGUAGCGAUGGGUCUUGAUGCAGGAAUUGACCUUUUGAUGCAGGGAACUUAAACAGUGUUAGCAGAAGAAGUGGUUGCCAGGGACCAAGGGAGAGUUAGCCGAACAUUUUCUCAACGUUAUGGUAACCAUAGAACUAUUAGUAAAGCUGACAUUCCUUGUUCUAAGCAACGUUCUGUUGUGUGUACACCGGCGGCCAUAUUUUGUCCCAUUUGGAUAGUUAAUUAAUUAAUUGAUGCUUAUCGCAUCGGAAUUCUGUGCCACAUCAGAAUUCUGUGCCUUUCUCAGUGUUUCAUACUGUCAUGCUGCAAUGGCAAUGCUAUUGUGCCGCCAUGCUAGGUGUACCUCCUAAAAAUAUCUGUGUUCUGAGGGACUGUGUUGGUUCUAUUACUUGUAAUUCUAGGGUGGUAACGUUGUGGUAAUGCGUGUAGGUGAGCCCCUGGUCUCUGCGAUCAUAGGUUAACAGAUUUAAUAAUAAUGUAAGCUGGCACUCAAUGUAGGCUCCAGAUGUUUUUACCAAAAUCUGUUUUUAUUUUUUUCUAAUUUUUUUUCUGUUGUGCUGUUUUUGAUUUUAUAAAAAGGUUACUUCCUAUCCUUUUACAUUUAGGGUCCGGAACUCAGCUGAACUCUGACCCACCAGCUACAAACACCAGUAAACAAUGACCUCUAAUGACAGAGAAAAUGUCUGUCAAACCUGGAUUGUGAUUAGUUGAUUGACACUGGUGGCUCAGAGGUUGGGUUGACGUCCAGCCCUAGUUGUUAUUAUUAUUAUUAUUAUUAUUAUUGUAACUGUCGUUGUUUUGGUGCAAAACCAAAUGCUUUGUCUUAUGUUUCUGUUCUUUGUAUAUGCAUUCUUUGAAACAAAUAUUAAACUUAUACCUUAAUUGCCUUUA